AUGAAUUCCUACUCAAUUAAUAAAUCUAGAAUCCCUAUCAUUGAUUUGAAUCAGAUAUCUGAUGAGAAGCAAUUACUGCCGGUAAUAAAAUCGAUAUUGUUGGUUACUGACACAUUUCUUUUAAAGAAUUACGCAAAUAAAGAUGUCUUAGACUCUCUAAUGGAACAAUUAGAAUUUCCACAAAACGCACCAGACGUCAAUCAGGGGUUUGAUGCCAAUUUUACAGGCUCUUUACGUCUAGAUAAUGAUAUUUGGAUGGAACAGUAUAUUUUAAAUACAGAUCCAAGUUUACAAUUCAACAGAAAAUGUAAAAACGUUACUUUACAGAAAAUAUAUUCCAGAUUAUUUAAAAUAAACAUGUUUUUUUCUCAAUUAUGUUUAAAAAGCAUAGUUUCCGAUCAAUUAUUACAGUCAUCUCUUACUGACGAUACGUAUGCGACAAAAUUGACAAGAUACUACCAUGAGCAAAAACGUUCUAAUGAAGAUGAAAAUGAAAAUGGUUUGUUCAUUGCAGAUGGUGAGAAUUUCGAAUAUUUAUUUAAUCGUGAAUUCCAUACCCACUCAUCAUCUGGAAUUCUUACAGUUUUCCCCAUAGCUCAAGGUAUAAAAUAUAAACCACCUACGACAAGUUCAGAUGAUAACGUAUGGACAACUAUCGAUGAACCUGACUGUCUUCUCUUCCAUACAGGGACAUUACUGGCGAACUGGUCUCAGGGAUUACAUUCCACAUCUCCUUUGCAACUAGAUCUCAAUGCAAAUCUUGUCCAUCUGACUGUAUGGCCCCCGUUAAAUUCACCUUUGAAUGAUUCUCGAACAAUAGCAGAUGAAUUGUUAAGACAACAAAUUCAAGAGUUUCCAGAGGUAGGAACUAAAUUCUAUAAUAAUGAAACUCAAAGGAUUCAAUUGGAACAAAACAUUAAUUUUAUUAGAAAACUAUUCAUUGUAGCAGAAAGUGUCAUUUCUCUGAACGCGAUAUCUAAAUCAAGUGGUGUUGCAUCAGAAUUGCAAUCUUUAUUACCGCAAAUGUCGAAUAUGAUGACGAAGAAGAUAUCGCAGGAUGAUUUUUUAAAGAUAUUAACAAUUUGGCCUGAAUGUUAUAUAGUAGAGGCAAAUAGUUUAUUGGAAUUAACCGUCCAAUUACCAGAGAGAAAUUCAUUGAUGGUGUUGACAAAUAAAUCUAGACGACUAGAAUUCGUUGAGAGAUGUGAAACAUGGUUAAGAGAAAAAUGUUCUGGUGCCUCAAUACCCAAUGAUAUCCCACCUUAUAGGAUAAUAAAAAGACGUAGUAGUUUAGAUGACAAUGAAGGGGGAUCUUCUGUGGAUGAAAAACGUAUGGAAGGACGGAAAUUGAGUAGCCACCCUUCCAAGACAAAGAAUUACAUACACAAUUAUAAGGAACAAUUUCUCUCUCGAGAAAAGAAGAAUGAUUCACAAUCAAAUCUAUUAGAAAGAUUGAGAGAAAGGGAAAGAAAAUCGGCUGCCCUUUUAUCCCAAAGACAACGAAAUUAUCAGCAAUUCUUGGCUAUAAAAAUGACACAAGUCUUUGAUAUCUUGGUAUCCCUUCAGUGGGGCCAACCAUAUACAGUUACUCAUCUAAGUUCAUUGAUCGUAGAUAGUUUACAAGACAGUAACAAUCCAAUUGGUGAUAAUGAGGCGGAGGAGAUCUUAGAUAAGUUACAAUACCUCUUGAGUGAUAUUAUUUCAGUUCAUAUCGUUGAUGGCGGCUUAAAAGUUUAUCGAUGGGAUCAAUUAGAUAAGAACAAAUUUCAAACCUCAAUUCAAGAAUAUAGAAAUGAUAGGGAGUCUUGA